AUGCCAGCGGUGGCUGUUCGUCAUGAACGCAGGAGGCAAGAGAAAAGGCUGAAGCGGCCGAGGCUCGCCACCCACCCCCAGCCCGCACGGUCACAACAAUGUGGAGCCCAGACCCGAGCUCUACUUAUGCGGCAAGGUUUCGUCCUGGCCGGCGUGAGAUGUUACGUGAUACACUGCUUACCGUUCCCGGUGGAGUCGCCGGUCGCGACCCCCGUUCCGCCGCCUACGAGCGAGCCGCAGGCGCAAGUGCACAAGGCUACCCUGGACCUGUUGGUGGGCCAUCAAAAUCAGCCUGAGACCGACGCACUGAUGCAACAUCAUCAUCAUAACAACCACAGGAAGAAACGCAGUUCUCAAGGCUCGCACUCCGAAGAGGCCUAAGAUACGUUGCGGGAGGCGGAGGGGGAGGAAGAGAGAGAGAGAGAGAGAGAGAGAGAGAGAGAGAGAGAGAGAGAGAGAGAGAGAGAGAGGAGGAGGAGGAGGAGGAUCGAGUCCAAGACGGGACGUGAAGGGGGGGAAGGGUGAUUUCGAUUCCGCGGAUGAGUCCAGACGGGACGAGGGACGGGAAGAUAGGUGGAGAGAGGGAGGGGGGAAAGAAUAGUUGAAAGCUACAGUGGAAUUUCUCGGGGGACAUCGCCAUUCUUUCUUAACAUCUUCGAUGUACGCAGAGUCUCCUGGAGAGUCGCGUUUUCUUCCUCCGUGCGUACUCGCGGACAGCAACGACACAGUCUCUCGUUUGAGACAUCGAUAUUAAUUAAUCAGGAAAACGACACACAUAUAUAUACACACACACACACACACUCACUUUAGGGUUACGUUAUAAAUAAUAAUGACAAACGAGAUAAAUGAUUAGCGAUAUACCGGACAAACGAGCAGGCGUAUCUCAAUCUUCGGUCCCUCGUCGAGGGGAUGGAAACGCGACGUCCGGGACAAGCUCUGUAUAUUCUGUAUAUAUGCCAGUGUGUUUAGACAUGAGAGUACACGGUGAUUUUCUAUCGUCUAAGGAGAUACCGCGGGACACGUUUUUCCUCUCGUAAAAAAGACAGAUUUGAUUUCUCGAGGAGUAUACAGGAUACCUCGUAAAGGGAAAAUUUCGGAGAUUCUUUUAUAUAACAAACGUGCAAGUCGCAGGCGCCAGCCGGGUUUUAGCUCGUGUGACAUGAGCGGAAAUCUGGCUACCUGGCGCAUUGGUAUCUAUAUAUACAUGUAUGAUACAGACUAUUUAUGUUACGAAUGUACACGCCGAGAAAAGUGCACUUUUCUACCUGGUAUACCGAGGAUUCGAUACAUUUAAACGACGUUCUGUUGCGGCGACGUUUCUAGAACGUCGUUGCAAAUCUCUCCGUAGAGAAAUCCGCGCGAUUUCCAUUGAUUUAUGCGUACACUACGAGCAUAUUUAUUUCACUCGCAGGUAAAGAGGAUCACAUUGCAUUCGAAUACAUCUUCGGUAUAUAGGCGGAACAUUGUCGCGCCAAGUAAUCCAACGCGAUCGAUCUCACCACGCGCGUCGCUUUAUCCUCUGUAAUCUCAACAGAAUAAGAUCUCGUAGAUGACACGUUUACGUAGAAUUCGACUUGGCAGGAUGGAGAGGGGAGAAGAAAAGAUAGAGGGCGGAGGAGAGUCGAGAAGAAGGAAGAAACUCGCGAUUUUAGAGGACAGACGAGAUGAACUUUGAUGUCGAGACGUGUAUUUCUAAUUUAACGAUAAGAUUUUUCCAGCACUUCGCACCGGUAGUCAGAAAAGCUCGAUGUUAAUUCUUCCAGAAAGAUUCUAGUAAAAUCGGGAAAAUAAAAAUUCGUUAGCGAUUAUCGUUACUACUAACAAUCUCGCAACGCGUCACGAAAUAAUGCGAUGUCACAUGCGUCUUUUGCAUAUAAGAAAAUAAAAAAAGAUAUUAUACAUUAUCUUUUUACACUCGAUAUUUAUACUUGAUAAGCGGUUACAAAAGUUUGUGCCUGCGCGCAGAGAAAGCUUCGUUCUCGAUGUCGUUUUACAAAUUGUUUGUGUUCACUCGAAGGUACACUUUAUAUACGACUUUUAUCGGGGCGCCAAGCUCGAUGGGUGCAAGGAGACCUGACGUUUAAGGGAGAAGGAGAGGAAAGGCGAGAGAAAAAUAGAAAAAAAGGAGAGGAAGGAAACGAUAAAAUUGGCAUCGCGUGAUGGCACGCAAUGCCAAUCCCUCUUUUCGCAAGCGAGCAAAAGGAAGAAAAGAAAUGUAAUCGCACGAUUAUAUUUAUAUUAUUCGACGCGUUUUCAUGCGUGGCAAAGCGCAUGCGUUUAUAAUAAGAGUUUCACCCGUGUUAAUGUCCGGGUUUUCUACGACGGCAACAGUUCUCGGCGCGCGGAUACACGUUCGUCUAUUGGGGUCCACUUAAAAGUUACUGCGGAGAAUUAUGAACUUAUAUUACAAACCAGUUAUAAAAUAUUUUACGAGACGAUCACGAUUGCACACGCGCAUACAUAUGUACAACAUACAUACAUACACACACACACACACACACAUACACACAUAUAUAAGACACGGAAAACGAGAUCUACAAAGUUUAGCAUGGUAAUAUUGCGAGAUUCUGCUCGAGCAUACAACUUGUGUUUUCUCGUUCACUCAGCGCGGUAAGGUACACCGAACGAAGACGCGGAAGGAACGCGUGCACGUUAUAAUAAUUAUAAGUACGAUAUAUAUACUCACUCGUAAAUGUAGCAUUAGAGAACGAAUCGGUUGCGUAAGAACCGUCUCUCUAACGGUCCGUUGCACCAGCGCGCGUCUCGAUUUUAGCUUACCGUCUCUACUAGACAACUUGGGUGUUGGAUGUCUCUCUUGGAAUCCAGACACCAUCUUGGAGCACACAAACGUAGCCGGAGGUAGAAAAUUGGCACUGGCAAUCCCUCGGCGUUGGUGCAAGCGGACGUCGCUGAACGAACGAUGACGUAUUUGUCUAACGAUGAAAUCUGACGAAAACAUGUAAACGAAAACGAAACGAGAGAGAGAGAGAGAGAGAGAGAGAGAGAGAGAGAGAGAGAGAGAG